UCUCCGGGGAGUUUAGUGGGCAAAAUUGACGAUCUUGCCAGACCACUCGACGUGCAAAUCUUCCUUCAUUUGGUUGGUACGACUGAGUUGGGUUUAUUAAAGGCUUUACCGACACAACGAGAGCUACUCGUGCGGGGGAAGCCUGCCUUUCUUGACGGACGGAUCCAGUAUACGUGACAAAAUCUUGGAGGAUCUCGUCGUAGAAGUCCUACGAGAAGCUACACGACAAAACGUGGACCUCGAGUGCCGUGCCGAAGAAAGCCUGCCGAUUUUCGUCAUAUCUAACCAGCCCCUUCCUCAGGAACAACGGUUCAUUUACUGGUUGGAGCAAGCUUUGGAGGUUCAUUCUAGUUUCUCACUCCACGAAACGCUACCGUUUCGAGAAGCCGUUUCGAGAAGAAUUUAUCCGCACGAAGAACGAACGCUGUCGUGAAUUGUCGCAUUUGGAUCGUUGCUAUUCCCAAACUUUGGCUUGCUUUUCAUGUCCACAUCGUUCUCGGCGGCUCUCACAUCUUCAACGACGACAGCGAUGGAGGCUUCGGCAACUAGUCCCCGCAAAGGACACGCGAAUAGUAUGGUGGAAGCAUCCGGUUCCUCGGCGACAUCCGCUCCGGCAGCAAACGCGCAAAGUGACAACACCCGUAGCGGUCCCUUGUCGGAACAGCAGCAAACAGCAUCCACCGCCGCGAGUAACAAUAUAUCCUAUUCAGCGGAGCGUAUUAUCGGAAACGGGUCGUUUGGUGUAGUUUUCGAAGCAAAAGUAGUGGGGACCGGGGAAGUCGUUGCGAUCAAAAAGGUUUUACAGGAUAAGAGGUUCAAGAAUCGUGAACUCCAGAUUAUGAAACAGCUAGUCAGAGAUCCUCAUACCAAUAUCGUAGGGCUUAAGCAUUGCUUUUACUCACAGGGCGAAAAACCGGACGAGCUGUACUUGAAUUUGGUGCUUGAAUUUGUACCGGAAACCGUAUACUCUAUCAGUCGAAGACAUCAGAAGCAUUCGAUGCAACUGCCACUGAUGAGCGUCAAACUCUAUCUUUACCAGCUCAGCAGGGCCCUAGCUCAUAUCCAUUGUUUGGGAAUUUGUCACCGAGAUAUCAAACCGCAGAACUUAUUGGUGCACCCGCAAACUCAGCAACUAAAAUUAUGUGAUUUUGGUUCUGCCAAGGCGCUCAUUCAGGGCGAACCUAACGUAUCCUAUAUUUGCUCACGAUACUACCGUGCACCGGAACUGAUUUUUGGAUCGACGGAUUACACCACCGCGAUUGACAUUUGGUCGCAGGGUUGCGUGGGCGCAGAAUUACUGCUUGGACAACCCCUAUUUCCGGGAGAUUCGGGUGUCGACCAGCUCGUAGAAAUCAUCAAGGUACUGGGGACACCAACUAAGGAGGAGAUACGAUCCAUGAAUUCGAACUAUAUGGAAUUCAAAUUUCCACAAAUCAAAGGUUGUCAGUGGAAAAAGAUUUUUCGUAACAAGACACCGCAGGACGCCAUGGACUUUAUCGCGGCGACCUUGGCUUACACGCCGUCGGAACGGAUCUUGCCGCUCGAAGGAUGCGCGCACGAAUUUUUUGACGAACUGCGACAGGAGUCGACUGUACUGUCAAACGGAGGCGGCAAGCUCCCGCCUCUAUUUGAUUUUACAACUCACGAGUUAGCAAAAUCGCCCCAACUUUUGACAAAGUUAAUACCGCCGCAUUUGAAAGGAUCGUUCGAGAUUCCAUCGGUAGAAACUGAUGACGUCGCUUCCGCAACAACUCCUAUACCAUCGUCACUGGAUCGGAAGCAGGAAGCUACCCUUCGAUGAGCUUAAUGCACAACAAAAAGACAUAAUCAAGCCGUACCGUACGCACUAUCUAUGUCCAUGUCCACUGGCGCUCGUCUGGGCAUUGGUCAGCGUGCGGAUACGAAGAGGGACGGUAGAGUCGUCCUUUUCCGUGUCGGCAUGGUUUUCCACGAGCAAUCCCACCCACAAAUUUCCCAAACUUAACGGAAAAACUAAUUCCUUCUGUUUUCCUAUA